AUGAGUUCGACUGUCGAAGACAUAUCUAGUAGUUCUGGUGUAACUGAUAAUUCUACUGUAACGCCUUCCUCUCCACUAUAUCUGCUUCCUUCUGAUUCACCUGGUACAAUUUUGGUGACCACAACUUUUGACGGCACUGGGUAUGGAAGUUGGCGUCAAGGAAUGUUAUUAGGACUCUCAUGCAAGAAUAAACUAGGCCUUAUCAAUGGGAAAGUUGCACGACCUAAUUCCACCUCUCCUUUGCUCGAACCAUGGAUUAGGUGUAACGAUAUGGUUGUGGCUUGGAUUCUGAAUAGUUUGGAUAGGGAAAUUAGGGAGACUGUGAUGUACACUGAAAGUGCUGAGAAACUUUGGAAGGAGAUUGAGCGCAGAUUUGGUCAAGCUAGUGGAAUUAAGAUUUUUCAGAUUCGUAAGGAAAUAUCCCCGAUUACCCAAGGUUCAUCAAGCAUUUCAUCAUAUUUUAACAAAAUUAAAAAGCUUUGGGAUGAGCUUUCUUUCUCUGUAUCAUAUCCUGAUUGUGUUUGUGGAUGCAAAGAGACCUACCAAAGGUUAGAUGAAGAACGGAAGGAGAAACAUACUAUGAUGAAACCUCUACCUGAUGUGGAUAGUGUGUAUUCGAUGCUUGUUAAUGAUGAGAGCCAGUCUAGUGUUCAAUCCAAUGUGUCAUCUCUUAAUUCUGAUUCUACUGCUUUCUCUGCUGGUGUUCAGAAGCCAUAUUCUCAAAGAGUUAAUUUUGACUCUCAAAGAGCUAGUUUCGACUCUUCCAGAAAGAACAAUAUUGUUUGUCGUUAUUGCAAGAAUCCUGGUCAUCAGAUUGACAAAUGCUACAAGCUUCAUGGCUAUCCUCCUGGUUUUCAGACUAAGUUCAAACGGACUGCAGCAUUUGCUCAAGUGUCUGAUACACCACCUGUUGGACAUCCUGAAAACUCUACUAGUGAUACUAAGAUAAUUCAAUCUGAUGGUGGGAAUUCUAGUAUAACCAAGGAACAGUUUGAUCAAUUUUCGAGUCUUCUGCAUUCUCGAGCUUCUGGGACAUCACAAGAGAUCUCUGUUGGUUCUGCUAAUUUUGCAGGUCUGAUAGAUAAUCCUGAUUUCAAAACUUGUGGUAUGCUUGCUUGCAAUUUUUCUAGGGUAGAGGAUAGCCCUUGGAUCAUAGAUUCAGGGGCAACUCAUCACAUGACCCCACACUCUUCUUUUCUAACUGACAUUAAACCUCUAGUCUUACCUUAUCUUGUCACUAUACCAAAUGGUUAUAAGGUAAAAGUGACUUGUACAGCUGAAUUGUUUGCUUAUUUCUCCUCUAUUGCUUGUGUUUUGCACGGCCCUUCUCUGAAGAAGCCAGUGGCUCUUGGUAGUCUUUAG